CAUCCCGGCAGAAGCACGGAUCGCCGCUGGUCGCGCUCGCUGGAACUCGUUGACCGGCCGCCGUGUUCUACAACGCGUUAUUAUGCCGAGUGUUCCUGUGUCGUGCCUUUGAAAGACCACCAUGCCGAUGUGACGCAUGAAUUUGGAUAAGGAACCGCCACCCGGAUCGCAAGGAUCUUCCGCUGCCAUGACAUGUGUGCACAUCUAGCAACGGUGGUUGUCUCACAAACUGUCCACCACGGCAGAUAGCGGGGAAGAUUCGAAUCUGGUCAUCAAGGUCCCGAUGCCAGGCCAGACGACUCAAAGUCUCCAUGGCAGCGCUCCAGCCGCCGGUACGCCGUGUUGCGAGUCCGGACGCCCCGUUCUGACUGACCCCAUCACCGGGCAAACGGUGUGCUCCUGCCAGUACGACGCGCAGCUUCUCAACUACCAGCGCCUUGCUGCUUCCGGCCUCCCAAUCAACAUGUACGGCACUGCGGCCUACGCCGCAGGUGAACAGGGCUUUCUGCCUUUGGGGACUGCCGCCGAGCAAUCAGCCUUUUACUCUCCAUCGGCAAACGGCUUCGACAUCAAGGAAAACUUGGAAGCCUGGCGAAAUCUCCCAUAUGCAGCGUCCAUGUACUACCCGUACGACUCAGCCGCCAUAGCGGGGUAUCCCUUUGCCAAUGGAUACGGCAUGGAUUUGAACGGCGCCCGACGCAAGAACGCCACCAGAGAGACAACGAGUACACUAAAGGCCUGGCUAAACGAGCACCGCAAGAACCCUUAUCCAACCAAGGGCGAGAAGAUUAUGCUUGCCAUAAUUACCAAAAUGACGCUGACACAGGUGUCCACUUGGUUCGCGAACGCGCGACGUCGGCUCAAGAAAGAGAACAAGAUGACAUGGUCCCCGCGAAAUCGAUGCGACGACGACGACGAUGCAGAUGGGGACGACGUUCCCGCAACAUCCCGCAACGACUCCAAAGACCCCCAGACGCCACGGCAAGACUCUUCCGAGGUUGCGUCUCGAGCUGCCGAGGAGCUUGCACGCCGGAAUCACCAUCUGAUGACAGCUGCUGCUGGGGCGACCAACUUGUCCGAUAGCAGAAAACGGUCACGGGAUGAGUCAGACGACCUGGUGGACGUAGACGAUGAUUCCCGCUCUUCCGAUCUCAAUGACCUCAGACGAAGUUCAGGAGGCAACUCUUCUGAAGAGCCUCGCCAUAGCCUUCACCACACGCCUGGUGGGACGGCCAGUGGAGGCGGUGGGAAUCUCUCGGACGCUUCGCUUUCCGAUUCCGAUGCGUCGUCGCGAACACCUGCAACAUCACCAGCCCCAAAUGGACACUCAAGUACAGACGUGUCGUCCUCUUCGGCGCCGAAGCCUCGCAUCUGGUCUAUCGUGGACACUGCAACGUCGGGUAGCCCCAGUACAGCCGCAGGCAUGCUCCCACCUCAAGCUUCCUCGCCUGCUGCCACGGCUGCUGCUCGAAUGGCUUCUCUUCAACGUUCUGCUCGACUCGAGUACUUGUCACCGUACCACAAAGCAGCGGGGGCCUGGUAUGCUAGUCCAUUAGGAGGCCUGGGUGCCGCUGGCGGCUCCUUCCCACUCUCCACCGUCUACAGUGUGCCCACCAUCAUGUCCCCGGCGGCAGGGCUCGCGCCGGUAACCGCCGGCUCCCCCUUGACGGACUCCACAACGGCCGCGUCCCUGAGUCGGUUACGAACUGCCGCCGUUUUCUCUGCCGCUGGAGACAUGGUCCUGUCAAAAUCUGCGCCCACGUCGUCACCCGCUGGUGGUCCUUCCGGAGUUUUUAACCUGAGCCGACUAGCGUCGGCGGCUGGAUCAGCAAGUCAACCACCAAGGACAUCCUCCUCAGCGGCUGUGGCUGCUAGCAGCAGCCCCCCAAGCAGUUUGGCUUCCAGCGGAUCACAGCAACAAAGUCCGUCGUGAAAGUGCGUGAUUUUUGAAAAACAGUGUGGAACUGACCGUGAACACUCACUGUGGAAUGUGGCGAAUGAACAGUGUGCAUGCUGUUAGUCAGGACGCUCCCCUACCCUGAGUAGAAAAGCCUCUCGGCCAACGUAAGGCAGCACGCCAGGUACGAGCUCCUGUAACGAAAGCUUUCCUCGCGAAGGCAACGAUGUUCGAUAUGCAACCUAACGGUUGUCAACCGCAGCGACGGGGUUUCUGAACGGGAACGCGCAAUAACGACGUAGACUGGGCUAUGACGCUGCCGAAACUCAUACGUUUUAUUUAUUACACACAUUCACUAUCAGCACAGUUUAUCAGCGUGCGCCCAUUUAGGAAAGUUUGCGUCUCAUUAUCACCGAUGCUGUCACGAGUGGUCGGGGCAGCUUCAUUAUGACAUUGCUUCGCUUGUAAAUAUAACAGUUUCCCCCAUGUAAAAAAAAAAAAAAAAAACCACUUACCAGUUGCACCCUGUGUGAGCAAUCUAUAGGAUUUGUAGGGGGCUGUCAUAAAUUAUUGGGUGAUAAACGGGACACCGCAUUUUAUUUCCUCUGACGUCCGGAAGGAAGAGAGUAUUGAUCGGUGCUCUCCUUGCAUCACAAUUGGUGCAGUCCACGGCGUCAUAGACCUGAAAAGUGAAAGGUUGGUUCAUUCAAAGUCUGACAAAUUCGUGACAGUCACAAGAAGCAAGGAAACAACUGGUACUGAACCAGGCUUGGCGCACUGAGGAACCCUUUCACAGCGACACGCGGGGGGGGGGGGGGGGACGAGCGGUCACCCGCGUUGGCCGCUUUUCCGUGUCACAGAAGAUCCGCUGUCCUCGGUCCUUAUGGUUGGGUUCCCGUAUCAAUUACAUGUAUAUGCAGAAAUACGGCUCCGGUGCUCCUUUCAUACCGAUCUUUCCAGUGUAAAAAGAAAAAAAGGAAAUGUCGAGGAAAAUUGUGAUGGUCACUGUGUAAAUGAACAGGAACUGCACUUUAGGCAGGUGUUUCGGUGGUUCUGCCACAUUUAUGGGAACAUAGCUUUGCAACUGAUGCUCGAAAUUUUUAUCGUGGAUCUGCAGCUGUGCAUUUCGCUCGAUUUGUACAGUGUGACAGUCAUAUCAUCUGAGAAAAGCUUACUCCAGGCAAGUCAAUGUUGAUUCUUUUGUUCAUAAAUUCAGAGAGGUGUCAGUGUACAAAUUUUGCUUGCUGUUCCUAAACAAAUGAAACAUUAGUGUUGCUUGGCCUUGUUGUUAGAAUAAAGUUGCCAUAUUGUGACCUGGUUCUCAUCUUAGUCAUGCUUUCUAAUUUGUGAAGAGCGGCAAUCUAAUCUACUGGUGCAAUCCUGUGGGGUUUGAACACUGUCUUUUCUGGUGUCGAAAUGUGAGCUGUUAAAUUAAAGAUAUCAAAUAAAGGUAUUAAAUGUGAAAUGA